CAUCUUGAGUCAGCUGUUGGCAACAAAUAUGGCUGUCGGGUUGUGACGUACAGGGUACUAUGCUGUAAAACAUCACCACUGCGCUCCUCUGACAAUGCUAUUGUUAAUGAGAGGGACAUAAUCUAAAUCUUGAAUAUGUGUUCAAUGUAUUAUAGGCGUUUCUGGUUCAUUGUGAGCGCAUCAUGGCUCGUUUUAAGUGUUUCUGGAACGGGCUCGCCAUCCAUGACUGAAGAAGAAAGACAGAAUCUUAAAGAGGAGGCAAAGGAGAUGUUUUAUCAUGCAUACACCGCUUACAUGGACAAUGCAUACCCAGCAGAUGAACUGAUGCCCCUCAGUUGUAAACCAAGAUGGAGAGAAGUGGAACAAUCUAGGGGGGAUAUCGAUGAGACUUUAGGCAAUUUUUCAUUAACGUUGGUGGAUGCAUUGGAUACAUUAGUUGUGAUGGGGGACAUUGAAGAGUUUGAUCGAGCCCUCCGUUUGGUAGUUAGAGAUGUAUCCUUUGAUAACGACGUAGUGGUAUCAGUCUUCGAGACGAAUAUUCGUAUGGUUGGUGGAUUGAUAUCUGGUCAUGUGAUGGCUGAACAUCUAAAUCAGCUGUAUGGAGCAUUAGGAUGGUAUAGAGGAGAACUGCUGACAAUGGCAAGAGAUCUGGCCACCAGACUUCUACCAGCAUUCAACACUACAACAGGGAUUCCACAUGCCAAGGUUAACUUGAAAUAUGGGAUGAAGUCCCCAAAACUGCAGAGCUCACGAGAUACUUGCACUGCAUGUGCAGGAACAAUUAUAUUAGAGUUUGCAGCCCUCUCACGAUUAACAGGUGAUUCCAUCUUUGAGGAGAAAGCUCGCCAGGCUAUGGAUUGUCUGUGGAGCCAGAGACACCGGGGAAGUGACCUUGUAGGAACCGUACUAAAUGUGCAUUCAGGUGAUUGGGUGCGGCGAGAUUCUGGUGUAGGAGCCGGCAUAGACUCCUACUAUGAGUACCUGCUAAAAGCCUAUGUCUUAUUAGGUGAUGAAGGCUAUUUGGAGAGGUUUAAUAAACAUUACAGUGCAGUUAUGAAGUAUAUCAGUCAAGGUCCAAUGUUGUUAGAUGUCCACAUGCACCGUCCCCAUACAACUUCCCGUAACUUUAUGGAUGCUCUCUUGGCGUUCUGGCCUGGACUUCAGGUGCUAAAGGGAGACAUUAAGCCAGCCAUUGAGACACAUGAAAUGCUGUAUCAGGUGAUUCAACGUCAUAAUUUCUUGCCUGAAGCAUUCACUACAGACUUUCAGGUUCACUGGGGUCAGCAUCCGUUACGACCUGAGUUCCUAGAGUCCACAUACCUCCUAUAUCUUGCAACAGAUGACCCGUACUAUCUGAGAGUUGGGGAGCAGGUACUACGCUCACUACAAAAACAUGCUUGGGUUCCCUGUGGCUAUGCUGCUGUUAAAGAUGUUCGCACGGGUGUACAUGAGGACAGAAUGGAUUCAUUUGUUCUGUCAGAGACCUUCAAAUACCUGUACUUGCUCUUUGCUAAACCAAGUGACCUGAUAAUUGACUUGGACCAGUUUAUCUUCACAACGGAAGCUCAUCUUCUACCUCUUUCUCUUGCCCGACUUUCUAAUUUGACAGUUGUUCCUGGUCCAGAUAAUCAAGAUAAUGCGCAAGACAGUGAUGUGGAGUAUGCCCGAUCUUGCCCAAAUGCUCACUUUCUCUUCCCUGGUCGUCAUGAAUUUGCUGAAACCAUAAGACGGCCCCUUAAAAACUUUGUGAAUAAUGUGUGCCCUUCACGUAAGACUAUACGGAGAAAAUUACGAGCCUCUGAGUUUCAAGCAGGGAAUAGUCGACACAUGGGUCUAUUGAAAGAUAUGGGCAUUACAAUUAUGGCUCUUCCAGAUGGUCGUGUUCAGUUGCUGCAUACUUCGUCUAAUGCAAGGUCAUCAGAUGAUGCAGAAGAAGGACUUUUGUUCAUGCAAGAGAUGAUAGAAUUGAGUAAGCUACAGCAGGAACAACCUGAAAACCCUCCUCGGGUGGUGUCCUUCUUGCAUGUGGUGGAUGGCCAACCUGUCACAACUACCAUACAGGCUGGUCCUGCUCAAUUUGGACUUGAUUUAAAGGGAGAUGUUGAGGUGAGUGGACCAGCGUUAAAGGCUAGUCCACUUAGAGCCUGUGAGCAGCUGGACAAUGAAAGUGAAGUACAAGGCAAAAUAGCCAUCAUAGAACGAGGAGAUUGUAUGUUCAUUGAGAAGGCUCGCAGGUUGGAGGCACUUGGUGCUGUUGGAGGUAUUGUGUUAGAUAACACCCCAGGAACAUCUGCCAAAAGUUCACCAAUGUUUGCAAUGUCUGGUGAUGGGACAAAUGAUGUGAACAUCCCACUGGUAUUCCUCUUCUCGGGUGAUGCUGAGAUACUGCUGAAGGCUCUUGAUGACCAGCCUGGCCUUGAGGUUGUACUCUCUGACUUUGCCGAUAAAGAUGUUGGUGAAGGUUCAGUUGAAGAGGUACAUGUGGACUUAAAGGGGACAACAGAAGGUGGAGAGGAGUCAUUAACCACAGGGUCUGAGGAAAGUGGAUUGCCUCAUGUCAUAUCCAUCAUGAACAACAGACAACAGGAUUUUUCUUCCCAGGAAAGUGAGAGUUUGACUGACGAUGACUUGGUAACAGUUAUUGAAGGACAACAGGCAAUUCAUCCUCAGUUGCUUGACCAAGAGGAUCCGCACAAGCAUCAGGAUAUUUUACAAGAGCUGGAAAAAGCUGAGACAGCAGAAGAAAUCCUCGUUGCUGCUGUUCGUUAUGUCAACGCACGCCAAGAACAAGAAACGGCAAAAGGCAACACUCUGAUGAUAGAUCAUCCCUCAUCCUCAAUUGUAACAGAAUUACAAAGUCUUUUGGUAAAGAAAACUGCUUCCAAUCCUGGCCUCUUGAAGUCUCUGCUAAGUGUUCACCUGCGGGAACUGAUGGCAGUUCUCCAGCAAGCCACACCAAGUCCAUCAGAUCUGGAUGCCUCAUUACACCAUCUGUUGAACCAGCUGUCAGCAUUAACUAUAAAAUCGUCAGCACCAUUAGAUGAUUCUAAGAAGACUGCAUUUACACAGCAGUCAGUUGUUCAAGGAGUCUCACAAAAAGGAGAUUUUAAUGAAAAUAGCAAGCUUGAACAUCUCACUGAAAAACUACAAGAAAAAUUAAGAAAAAUAAAGAAAAAAUAUGGGCUAAAUCCUGAACAUAUAGAAGGCAUCCUUAGUGAAAUCAAAGGUACAGCCUCACCUCAAACCAAAGAUCACAACAGGCAAGAUGAACUAUAAUAAAGCAAUAAUAUUUUUUGAAAACCUUGAAAGUGACUAUAUAGAAAUAUAUAUAUACUCAUUAUUUACUUAUUCUUUUCUUCCUAGUUAUAUAUGUUCGGUACAGGUGCAUAAUAUUGUAAGGAAAGUUGUCAAGUUUAUUGUUGAUCAAUAGAAAGUUUGAUGGUGACUGUGUACUGUCAUUUAGAUAAUAUAUUGCACAGAAACUGACCAGAGGAUGCUCAGGGGAGCUGCUUGUCACUGUGAUAUUUGACAUUUGUGGAGCAGUCAGACAGUGUGGUGUGCACAUUUCAUUUUUCAUUUAGUGCUAUUAUUUAAAAUGAAGCACUACUCAUAUUCGACUUCAUUUUCUGUUGACCAGAACUAAAUCAUUUGUACAGUUGGUGUACUGAUGACCUUUUUAAGUCCUGAAUAAUGGAACCAUUCCGGCUAAUUACUGUAAGACUACACUGUAGAUGACACAUGACAGAUUACAAUAGACUCAAAAUUAUAUUACAGGAUAAUGUUUAAGUAAUAACUUUAAAGUAUUGUCAGUGACAAAUUUCUUUUUGUUGAACUCACGAGCAAUACAUGGUAGAUAUUACCGAACACUUCUUCCAUGACAAAAUAUGGCCAGAAAAUGUACUGCCAUGUAAACUUGGAGAAUUUUUUAACAUUGCAUACCAGAUUAUGCAACAUUUGUUCCCUUCCAGGCUAUCCAUUCCCUGGAAAGUAAAACUUUUUAAUUCCACUCUUCCUUUUCAUCCACAAUAAUUUAUUAAUUUUGUAAUAUACUUGUAUACAUGUCAUGUAACUUUAAUAUGUGCAGUUGCAAACAAAUCCAUCCUAGCAAAUUUGAAAUUUAGGUCUGUACCUAAAACAGUUUAAAGGUUUUAUGUCCUGGCUGAGCUCUUGUUCUCACCCCAUCUGACUGUGAAUUUUAUUAUUUUAUAUAAAUGCCCAUUAUUUUAUGCUCUUGUUUUUUCACCACAAUCUUGGCCCAGCCAUCAUCAUUCCUUGCAUUUACACACAUUUCAUCCUCUUAAUGUUCAGUUGUACUUCAGCAUCAGGGUAUAUUCACUAUGUUGAAGUUGUUAAUUCCCUUCAUAAUAUUAAUGAAGGACAGGGCUUGUAUAUCUGGAUAUUAUUAUUUUUUAUCCUUUUGCUGUGGAAUCUACUUUAAUACCAGAUAAAUCAAUACUGUAAUUUACUCUUUAGUUACUUGAAUUUGCUCUUAACCUGUGUAAGGUACUCCAAAUACUACGUAUUUAAGUGUUUUGAGUACUUUUGCAAGGCAAUAUGGCAUUGUGUGACAGAAUGAAAGGGGGUCAAGAUAAUAAAGAAUGUUUAGACAGUGUAUUUGCAAUUUUGAUAAUUUUUGGAAUGCUCAAAAUAUACUUACAUUAACAUUCUUAAUCACCCACCUUCAUACACUUUGCUCAUCAUCAUUGUUGUCAUUUGCUCAUGCAUGCACAGUCCCACAUUCUCACUUGCCCACUCAUACUAACAUUGGUGUGUGAUUUUAUUCAUUCAUUUUCACUCAAGGUUUGUAAGUUCUCCUGCGUGCAUGUGUGCAUAAACAUAACGCACCUUCCUUCAGAUACUCACAUACGUGCACACCACUCGCUCAUCAUUUCUUUCUCACACUCGCCUAUUAUUACACCCACUUGCACCUAGUUGAAUUAAAAUGCAAGGGAAAAUAUUUCAAUAUGGCAGAUAUUCUUAUUGCUUUUAUGUUUUGUUUUAUUGAUUGAAAUUAAUAUUAUUAAAUGUAUUUAAUGAA